UACUGUUCUUCACCACAAAUUGUUUAGAUUCGGUUCUCUCUGGUUUCUGAAAGCUCAGGAAAUAUGGGAGGUUGUGCCACCAAACCGAAGGUUUUAAAGGGUGACGACGGCGGCGUACCUUCUGCGUCGGCGGCUCCCGAAGCAAAGGAGGGUGCUGAUGUAGCCGUCGACGAUGAAGCAACCAACAAGGGAGAAUCUCUUGGUAACUUGUUGAACGGGACUGAAAAGAAGGGAGCCGGUGAGACCGAGGCUGAGACCGAUGAUCAACCGCCGUUGAAGCUGACAGAAACAAAACCAGUUGAGGCGGUAGCCACGGCAGCAGUGGAUGUGACUGAGACAGAAAAGAAGGAAACAUCAGCAGCAGGCGAAGAUGAAACAGCAAAGUGAAGCUGCAACGUUUAUGUUCAAACACAUUUUGCCUAUAGAAAUCAAGUGUUCAGGGCUUUUAAGCGACGUAUUUUUGUUGCUCUUAAAAUCUUUAUUUUCUUUCAUCUGAGUUUGUGAUUUUUUGCUUUCUAUAUUUUGUUCACAUGGACAUGUGUGCUUUUAUUAGAUUCAAUUUAUAAGCAUGUAUUUGUUGUACCUGAUUCGACCCGAAUUGGGUCCAACA